AUGAACGGUAAUCCACAAGACGAUAACAUUGAAUUUGUCACGACACCGUCACCUUCAUUUCUUUGUCCAGUUUUAGAGGUGGAACCUUACUGCCCGCUUUGUCGGAGUCGGUUAAAGGUUGAGGAUCUUCAUCCCAAUUUAGCUUUAGCUGGGUUGAUCCAAGAACUUCUUGUAUAUUGCGCAAAUAAACGUUAUGGCUGUCCUGCGCAUGUACGCCUUGAUUCUCAUAAACAUCAUUUAUUGUCUUGUUCUUUUGCUCCAACAUCAUGCCAGAACUCUCAAUUAGGAUGCGAUUUCAAAGGAACUAUAAAUACUGUUAAAGAUCAUAUUGAAGUUUGUGUUUAUGAGAAAUUUAAGAAUUAUAUUCAAAAAAAUAAUGCUAGAAUUGAACAAUUGGAAAAAACAAUAGAGGAACAACAACGUAAAUUUGAAAAGUUACUAUUACUAGUGAAAAAAUCAAAAUCCGAAAUAGUGUCGUCUGUAGACCCUGUUACUAUUAAUGGUAAUGGUAUUGAUUAUCAUCAGUUAGGGGAAGAUGAUGAGAUAGAUACAUUCCCACUUGGUGAAAUGACUUGUCGACGGACCAUAUCUGAACAUACUUGUGGCGUUACAUCACUCGCAUAUGACAAAGGUUUGAUUUAUGCUGGUGCUCACGAUGGGUCGGCAAAGAUAUUCAAAGCGGAUUCUGGACGAAUGGUUAAAGAUUUACAUGGACAUCAAAUGUCUGUUUGGGCUUUGGCUGUGAGUCCAGAGAAUGAAAGAUUUUUUAGUGCGGGGUCUGAUGGAACAAUUAAAGUAUGGGACUUGAAGGAGGAUACAUCUGAUAAUUUUAUUAGUACUUUGACUCAACAUAAAGGAAAAAUAUAUGGAUUAGUUGUUAGUGGGAAUAGACUUUACUCUGCUUCGUCAGAUAAAACCAUCAAGGUCUGGGAUCCUGUUACAUUGGAAAAUAUAUCAACAUUCACUGGUCAUUCGGAUGGUGUAAAUAAUUUGAUUGCAAUUGACAGUGGAAAAUUGGCAACUGCGGGAAGUGAUAAUACUGUUAAGAUUUGGGAUACGACAACAGGUACAUGUAUUCAUACAAUAUCUUCUCAUUCGUCUGAAGUUUUGGACGUUGCAUCAGGUGAUAAUCUUUU